CUUGGCAUCACACUUCACAAACAUUUGUACACACCUAUGUGAUCUCCUGCCUCUGUAUAAAUAGCUGCCACUCGCUCUCGCCAUUCCACACCACCUGCAAGAACAAGCCCUGCCCUGAUCUCUCCUCUGUCUUCCCUCUCUCAAGUCUCAAGCAAGCUAGCUGGUUUUCACAGCAACCAUGAGGCCAGGAGCAGAGUUCCCCACCAUGAGCCACGGCGCGCCGACGGCGGCGCCGGGGGCGAACGCGACGGCGCCGCACUCCCCGUGGCAGUCGCCGGUGCCGUACCUCUUCGGCGGGCUGGCGGCGAUGCUGGGGCUCAUCGCCUUCGCGCUGCUCAUCCUGGCCUGCUCCUACUGGAAGCUGUCUGGGUACCUCGACGCGGACCGCGACCGGCGGGCCGGGGUGGCCGGCGCCGACGGGGAGAAGGGUUCGGCGGCCGGGGCGGACAGGCCGGCGGCGGGGUUCCAGGAACACGUGGUGGUCAUCAUGGCAGGCGAGGAGAUGCCGACCUUCCUCGCCACCCCGGCGGCCAGCCGAGCCGUCGUGGAGCUAGGAGCCGUGCCAACGGCGCCGAGCUCCGGCGGUGGCUCCGGCUCGGCGGAGGAGAAGAAGGCGCAGGCGCAGGACGACGGUGGCUGCGAAGAGCAGACCAGCUCGCAGCCGCGGGUCGGAGUCGACGACGACGCCGGUGCCGUGAGCCGGAGCUGUGAAAGCAGCAGCAGCAGUGCGACGGCGCUGCAAGAAAAUUUGCAAUAAAAAGCAGGCGAUCGAGUGAUUUUUCCUUUUCUUUUCCUUCUCCAUUUCCCUCUUGCUGGUGUGUUAGAUUUAGGCAUACGUGUAGAUUCUUGACUCUUGACGUGAUUGGUUGGGCCUGCUGUGAAAAAUUAAUGGAAAACGAGACGUCAAUGCGAGUUUUUGCAAACAUUUGUAAACUCUGCCAAUGUCUGAAGAAGAAUUCGAGGAUUGUAGGAACUUUCUGAAGCAGCAGAUUCAGAAAUUCAGAAAACGACUGUAAUGUAACAGAUGGAUGUACAGGGUACAGCCACCAGGGCAACAAUUUAGGCAAUGUUUAAGUGAAGCACGUUGGUGAUGGCCGUGCCUGCUC